UUCAUUUUUGUUUUAAAUGAAAGUUGUUUUGCACUUUUAGAUAAAAAUUAGCAGUCUAAAACUACCAUGUAUUACUAAGAGUAUGUAAAUAUAGAAGAAAAUGUGUUAAUUGCCUAAGUUUACCAGUUUUUCUGAGGCUAGAGUUAUUUCUGCCUAUUAAUUGGAUGACUAAUCAUAAAUUGGAUUUAAGUGUGUGAAUAAGGACUUAGACAUUUUAAGUGAACUCUGAUAUUUUGAGUCAGGGGUCAAAUAUGGUUUCAAUAAUGAAACAUUGUUGAACUAAUUUGUAAUAUUGAUUUUCACUGCCUAAAUUAUCCUAGUAAAUAACAAUUUCCCUAAGCAGUGAAUUUGAACGAUGUAUGAAAACUAAGUUGUCACUUAGCACAAAUCACUUUACCUGUUGUGUAAACAGAGCAAUUCAGUUUAAAUCAUUUUCUUCUUUUUGUCGGUAUAAAAUCUUAUCCUUUUAGAAGUUUUUUCAAAGUACAGCGUAAGAAUUAGAAAGGAAUUUAUUUUUAAAUCUUAAUUAUUUUUAUUUUUAUUAACCCACUUGAUAUUCUACCUGUCUGACAAUUGGAACAAUCAAUUCAGCUAUCUUUCAUAUCUAUUUUUAGACCCAAGCAUUUAUUCUUGUGCUCUACUUUUUUAAGCCAUUGAGGCCCUACAUAUACUUUUGUCGAUGUUUAGCCUACGGAUUUGGGCAUUGUUAUUCAUAGCACUGGCGUCACAAGCAGGGGAAGGCAUUGUGCAAUAGAAAAGAAGGGGCAUAUUUAAGUGGGACUUGUCGGAAGAGGAUGCUGACCUAACUUGAAAAUUGAUGUCUUAAUGUCAUAAAAGAAGAUUUGUAGACAAAUACACCACUGAAGCAGAGACUGAGUACAUGUACAAACGCCUACACAAAAUAUUGUUUACUAUGUUCACUCUAAAGCUUCAUAUAGUGCAUAUUUACUAAUGCUUACAAUGAAUAUUUUCUAUCUAAAACUUUGAUUACAAAAUUUCUCUCAAAGGUUUUUCGGGUAAUAUUUGGGAUAAAUGCUUCCAUUGUUAGGUGCAAUAGCCACUUUUCAUUUUAUAUUUUGGACUAUGACACUAAAUACUAUCGAUCUUCCACAUUAUUAUAGUAGAAGAGACAGCACCUCCUUUAUAGUGGAACUUAUGAAUACUGAGUAUGACGGAGUGAUGUUCUCAGUAUAUAUAGCUUGUGCUAUUAUUUAAGAGUGAUCUGUCGACACUUCAAAGCAUUUUUUUUAAUGAAUAAGUUAUUAAAGGUACAUCUUAAAAGAACACAGUCUGUCUAUUAUAUAUCAAAUAACACAAAAUAAUAAUUACAAAGAUUGAAAUAAUAUCAUACUAAGACUUGGUUAAUCUGGCAUAAUAUAAAUCAAGGCAAGGACGAGAAAUGGAGAGGGAAUAAAUUUAAAUUUAUUACAUUUUCAAAAUGUUUUAAUAUAUACUUUUGACAUUAUUCAUAACAUGUACAUUCUCCAUACAUCUCCCUUAUUAUCAAUCUGGUACACACACAAACACAUACUCCCAUUAGAUGCCACAAGUCUUUACAUUAAAAAGGAAGUAUGCCACCCAAAUAAGGCAACUAAUUCUUGAAAUCAUCCUGAUUCAUGGACACACAGGAUAUAAAACAGGAAUAGUAAGGAACUUGAAGCGGAUGUAGGUGUCUAUUACUUAUACUUGGAAUUCAAGCAUGCAGUACUAGUUGUUGGAUCAGUAGUUCCAACAGGAGGUAGCAGUAGCUGAUAAUGCAAUAUGGAGUAAAAUCUGUGUGCAUUCAUGUUAGAAACCAGAAAAAGCUUGGAUUAACAGACUCAGGUGUUGAAACCUGAGGGGAGUGAAAUGUCAACCAAAGGAGCUUCCAAGGUCCGAAGGGAUCAAAUUAAUAAUGAGAUUUUGGUUGUGCGUGACCUGCUUCCCCUGCCCGAGUCAGCAAGACAACGCCUAUCUCAACUUCAGAUAAUGUCCCUAGCAUGUAUUUUCAUUAGAAAGAGCAAUUAUUUUGCAAGACUAUUCGGCAAUCCAGGAUAUAGUGUUGAAGGGCCAUUCGAAUUUGCACAGACACUUCCAGGGUUCCUUCUGGUGGCAACCAGGGAUGGGAAGAUGCUAUAUUUGUCAGAAAAUGUUACAGAAUACUUAGGACAUUCAAUGGUGGACAUGAUGACCCAAGGGGACAGUAUAUAUGAUAUCAUAGAUAAGAGAGACCAUACAACAGUUCAAUCACAGCUCUUGCAAACUUCUUUUGGGGAGAGUCAGAACCAAAAUGUUAGAUCUUUCUUCUGCCGGAUGAACAUAGCCCGUACCUUGAGAAGACAGAGUAGUAUUGGUGAUCAAAAGAUUAUGCAUGUUCAUGGGCAGUUCAUUCAGCCUAUGAUACGAGACCACUAUGGAAACCAGCCUGUAUUCCUGGCCCUGUGCAGCCCUCUCAUCACGCCAGAGACCAAGGAGACGGCUCUACAAAAUAACACCAUGGUAUUCAAAUCAAUUCACAGCCUAGACAUGAAGUACAUGGAGAUUUCACAAAGAGGAGAGCAUCAUCUUGGUGUCACAACAGAAGAUGUCACAGGCAGGUCCUGGUAUAGUCUUUUACACCCAGAAGAUGCACAAGAGGCAAGAGAUAAGCAUGUGCAAUUAAUUCAUUCAAGUCAUGAAAUGGGGUGCAUGCUCACUGUACGACUGAUAAGGAACGACAACACCUGUAUCUGGGUGAAUACAGUGAUGCACAUACGCCAGCCCUAUAUAUCUGAUAAUGGAGAAGCUGCUAUCAUGUGCAUUAACCAAGUCAUAAGUGAAAAUGAAGCUCCAUAUUUCAAGAUGCAAAGUCAGAUCUACACAGCUCAGAUGGCCCGUAACUCAGAGUUCAUGUACUCCCAGCCCACCAGCUACAGCCCACAGCGCUGUCUUUCACAGUCCAUUCCACCAGAGGGUGUUCCCUAUGCUUUAACCACAACGCCAGUUGCUACAAUGGAUCCAUACAGUAGUGGUUUCUCCACUUCCCCCAAUCAAACAAACUAUGGAGGCCAGUUCUCUCUUAGGACAGCCCCUCAGCAUUAUCUGGGAGACAGCACCAGUGGAAGCUACACCCAUCCUGACAUUGCUCUGCCACCAAGGGGGAGCCUGGGCAGUUUCAGUGAAAGCCCCUCUGAGUACAGCCGAGGAAGCUCUCCAGGACUACAGUCAGUCUUCAGCCCCAGUGCCGCUAGUCAGUUCUCUUGGCCUGAGCAACCUGGCAGUAGUAUAAUGGCAGAUCCCAUGCACUGUACAUUGGCUGACCCCAUGAAGUCUACUCUGGGAGACCCAUUGCAGUCUUGUGUGACUGAAACCUUGCAGCAGCCCAGUGGUAUCAAACGCAAAUCUGAAGAUCCACAUCCAAGCUGUCAGCCUUCCAAAAUGUUAAGAGUGGGUCACUCACACAGUGACGACAGUCAGGGUGGUAUGGGAGGGAUAGGAAGUGGCUUCGGUAGCUUCCCUACAGAGGCAUCAUUUUUGUCAGCACCAUUCUUUAGUUCACCAGAAGGAGGGAACUCAGGAAGUACAUCUUUUGUCUAUGGCUCUAUGCAAGUCCUAACACAGAACAGCUAUCCAAGCUCAACAACAACACAGCAAGCCUUAAAAGCUAAACUUUCAAUGAUGUGCAUGGCAAAGUCAAAUGCCACUAAGCCUCUUACAGACUUUCAACCACCCACUCCAGAGUCUCCUAAAGAUCAGCAUCCCCUGAAGACCACAAAAGAAGCAGUUGCCACUGAGACUGCAACAGUACCCGACUCCUAUCUUACACCCGAUUCAUCACCUCUGCACAUCCAUGGGGAUUUUCUUCUAGGGGACCACAAAGAGACAACAAAAUUUCAACUUGAAGAAGUCAUUGCCACCAUCACAAAGAAUAUCAGCCAGGAGCCAGUCGCUGAUUUGGAAAAGUUUGAGGAUGAUGAGAAGCACCUUUUGCCAGUGAUUGAUGCAGAUGUGGUGGAUGAGUGUUUGAACUCAAAGACAUCAUCAAGCCAAGCUGUUCUGAGGAAUCAAUCACUAACAUCAUGCACUCCUUCUGUGCUGACCUCCUUACCUAGUCAGAACUGUUCCACAUCAGUUGCUAAGAAAGCUACCAAAACUGCAGCAACGCAUGGCCUCAAAAUGACAGAUGAAGACAAGACCAACCAGUUCUUACCUGUCAUCAAUGUGAUGGAAAUUGAAAAUUAUUUCAACCACUUUGAUGAUGAUAGUCGGGAUUCCACUCACAGCUUUGAAAGCCAUGCAUCACCAAGACCUUCUUCAACUGGAAUGGGAAGCAGUCCAAUCCAAGGGCACAUGUCUCCAGAUCCAAGUUGUGCUGGCACAACAGAAACCAGUUAUGAAAAUCUUCUUGAAACAGUGGGGUUCACUGGAGACAUUUCAUUUCUUAUUGAGUCAUUCCCUGUCCCCACGACCACUACUGAUGCCAUGUCCCUGAUGGAUGCUAAUAACGUCCUUGGUGACAGCCUGAUUGGAGAUUGUUUUCCAGCGACUACCUCCUGGAGUCCACUCCAUCAGCAGAAUACUCCCCCAAGUUAUGGGGUUAUUGUUUCAAACCAAGAACUGAGUCAACAGCUCGGUGAUGUAAACCCUCCACCAAGUUAUGGUGGACCAACAAUGCAGUAAGAUGUCCCUUCCUGUAGAUCGGGAGUUGUAUCUUAUGUUUCGCCAAAAUGUCUGUAAGGCAUAUUGCCAGUGAUAGAUGGUUCAAGUUUUGGUCGCAUUGCUGCCAAGUUCCAGGAUGAAAGAGCAGAACUGAAAUGGACAAAUGUUCCAUGUGCUAUUUGCACCAGACCAAAGCUUUGGCAUAGAUCAAGACUGUUACUUGAUACUGCCUUCACCCAUCUCUAUUGAAUCACCUUGCAUUUCGAACUUGUUUCGUGCAGUGCUGACUAUAUACUGAUGUGUUGUUAAUUCCAUGAAGAUCAACAGUAAAGCAGGCUUUACUAUGCAUAUUUUAAAUACAGGAAUAUUUGUUACACAGACCACAAAAGUAUAUGGCAAUUCUCAGUAUAUACAGUGCUGAUUCAAUACAGGUGGGCCAAGUAAGUUGCAGAAUUAGGAUGCUCUGCAGGCAGAGCAGUUACAAGAAGAGAUUAUGCGAGGGACAAUAUUUGCAUUUAGUAUAUAUGCAAUUAUAUGUGUGCUAUUAACUGAGCUAGAAAUAUACUUUAGGGUAUAGUUAUAUUAUUUUCAGUUUUUCAUAGUUUUUCAUUUGAAGUAUUUUCUUUGGUAGAGUAAGAAUACAAAACUCUGCAGGCAGAGCUGUUUGUAGUUGUAUAACUAUUAUCAAGGUGGUGGAUCCAAGGGCCAUGUUUAAAGUGUGAAAAUAUUCAAUAAUUUGACCACAAUGGAUACAACAGUAAUGUGAAAAAAAUCUCUUCAGUAUUAAGAAAUAAAAUUUUAAAAAAGAAAACACUACUUUAAAACCUCUGGAGCCACCACAGCACAGCAGCCUAUUUUGCAAAUGUAGUUAGAAUGGUUGCAAAGAGUAAUGUCAAAUUCUGCUGGCAGAGUUGAAAAUAUGAACCGAUACAAACCGAACCCAAAUUUAUACCAAAUUUCCUUUUUCUGUAUUCACUCUGCAGGCAGAGUGGUUAGAUAUAACAUAAUUCAAAUCACCUACCUAAGAACUGGAUUAGUGGACAGCUUACUGGACUGAUGUCAAUUAUUGAGAAAUAUGUUUGUUGCCAUGGUAAUAUGGGGCAUCUAUCCAGGUGUUCAUUAGCUGCUGGUAGUGAUUGCCACCUGGAUAUACCCAUUAAUCUUUUGGUUAUGUUAUCAUUUUGAGACAGAAGCCAUACUUCAGCAGUGUUUAAGCCAUUUUCAGCAAUCUAUAGCCCUCCCUCAUUGAAAACUAGGAAUUUACAGAAAAGUUUGUAUAAUAUAAACAAAAUUUGUUUUUCCCCACAAAUUUGAAUAAGAUAAUUAUGAAAAUCAUUUUUAAAAGAAUUUACAUUUAGGUGUGUAGAUGUAUAAUAUGGUGAUAUUGAUUUUAAACAUGUAGUGAUUUUUCAAUUAGAUGAAGACCAUGCACAUGUGAGCCUCUUUUCUGAAGCUUUUUGGUUCAUUGGGUCAGGAAAGGUAGAAUAUAAGAACCACAAUUUCACUGGUUGAAGUUCAGUUUUUGACAGUCAGUCCUGGGAUACUGAAGGGUGAUAUCUAAUUGAAGAACUUAAAUUGAUGCAUGCAUUUGAUGGAAAUUAUUGUUUUUGAACACUUUGCUUGGCAAUGUGCUUUUUUUUAGAUAGAGCAGUUAAAUUGUUUUUAACAUAGAAAAAUAGAGGACUAUGAAUGCCAUUGAGGAGCUGCAGAUGAUAUGAAGUCAUUAAAUAACCAUAGAACCUGCUGGUCAGGCAUAAAAAUGUGUGAAUUAGGAAAUAAACAUAUAGUGAAAAUGAUAGGUAAAGCAUUGUAAUAUAGGUUUAUCUGACAUAUUUAAAUCAGCUGAAAGUUUCAAAGUAAAAACAGAUGCUUACAUAGCAAAUAUCUGAACAACUGUGAGCAACUACCCAAGCUUUUGAAAAGGGUAACAAUGACUGUCAUUUUUUUUUUCAAUUAUCUUGCUGGCCAAGAUCCAUGUCUAGUUGAUGCUGUCCAGUCAGUAAUAUUAUAAGAACAUAUUUAACCAAAAAUUGUCUAUUGUGCUUAACUUUAUUCUAAUUUUUAUAUGAUUUAACCAUGUUCACUUGUACAGAGUGGUAUUUUAAUAUUACUUAUAAAUGUAAAAGUAUGCAAUUAACAAUAUUAACAUUAUGAUGGAUCAAUAUACAAUUUGUAAAAUGGUAACUAUAUAUUUAAUUUGAUAUCUUGACAUAUUUAGUUUAUACAAAGGAUGCAUUAUGUAAGUGGUAACUACAUAUAGCAUACAAAGUAAAUGUGUACUUCAAGUCUAAUAUGUAUUUUUUCUGUUGUAUAAUUCCCUGACCUUCUAAAUUCAAAUGUAAUGGCUUAAUAUGUGCCUGUAGCAUCUCAAAGCAAUUAGUAAGAUUAAAUUCAAAUGAUUGUUUUUUUAUGGUCAAGGUGUAUGUAAAUAAUGUUCUCAUCAGUAAUUAUUGUAAUAAAUAUCACCACAACCCAUGGUAUUAUUUUUGUUUUUCAAUCUCUCUCUUUCAUGUAAGAAUAAGGAACAAACAAAUUCACAAGUCAUAACCCAAUGUUACACCAACUAAUUAAUAGUUAUAACAGUAACAGUGAAAAACUGAUGGUUGGUCAUUCAAGAAACAUUGGGGGUUUGUGUGUCAGGAAAAUUCAGGUCAUACUGUAUAAUGGAACACUCCUCAGUAUAAACUUUGUUAUGGAUGGCAAAAUUUUAAUGACAUCUUUGGUCCUUUCAUUUUCAUAAAUGCUGGUCACAUAAGUAUACAAACGUUUUGCCAAAUGCAAAGAUAAUUUACUUUGACUAAAGAAAAUGAAAACUUUUUUGUGGUUAAAAAGUAAAUCAUCUCUAAAUAGACAAAACAUGUUUUCUCCAUAUAUAAUACAUGAUAUUUUGAUCUUCCAUGUAAGGAGCUAGAUUAUGUGAAUGACUUGUGGAUUGAUAAAUGUCCAAAAUGCCAUGCAUCAAAGGCUGACAGCACAUCUGAUCAUUUCACAAAAGGUGGUGAGAAAC